ACUACUGCAAAAAUAAGAUAUAUAUAUAGGACUCGUUAAAGCGAACUUCAAAGCAGGACUUCUGUUGUCGAAUACAAAGUGACCGCUGGUAUGCUCAAAAUUAGUGUGCUUGCGCUGGUCCUUACUACCGCUGGAAAAUUGUGGAAUGUAGCUGAAGCAAAGAAGCAAGAGGCUCCUAGACGUACCACAGGGGCAACCACACAGAAUGUUUUUAAAGAGUUCUGGACGAAUCACACGAAUGUAUGGACAGCAAAACUCCACUAAUGUGUUUUAUAGCUGCGAGUGGGAAGAGCCUAAAAACAUGACUGACACUGGCCUGCAAACAAUAACACACUUCGACACCUAUAAUAUGAUCAUAUUCAACUGGACGUUCGAUAAAAACAACACAAUCACGAGCAAACUGACAGAUUUCGGAAUAACACGGCGUAUUGUGUAUCACAAUAUUAGCUGUGCGGUUUUCAAGGAUGAGAUGUGGUGGCAGAGACCAGGGAAGAAACAAAAGGGCAAAAAAGCGAAAAAAGGGAAAGGCGAUACGCGCGUGAAAAGUAAGUAAAACUUGUCAAAUACCAUUAGAAGUGGUGUUCAAUACAAACUGGUUUUCGAUCGCACGAUGAUAAAAGGACAUGUGCCCGCUGACUGCAGAAAGGAAUACAAAAACGUGAUAGGCAAUGCAACGAACUAUAGAAUCUACCAGAAUAGCUGUAAAAGGCCACACCAAAACAAAUCAACAAGGAUCUACUGUUAUCUGUACCUUGAAUUUCAAUAUAGUACUUCUAAAAUUUUUCAUCUUCAGUAUUUACAAUAAAAUGUCAAUC